CAACUGCUCUGUGUCCGUGAGUGAGGAUAUACUAUGGCAGCCAAGAGAGUACUGGUGUAUCGCAACGGGGACCCCUUUUUCCCAGGCCGCCAGCUGGUGGUGACCCAACGCCGCUACCCCACCAUGGAGGCUUUCCUCUCUGAGGUGACAUCAGUGGUACAGGCCCCACUGGCUAUCCGUGCCCUCUACAGACUUUGUGAUGGCAAUCCCGUCACUGAGCUGGCUGACUUGCAGAAUGGGGGACAGUACGUGGCUGCUGGCUUUGAAGGAUUCCACAAGCUCCACUAUUUGCCUCCUGGAAGGAAACACCCAGGCAGGAAAAGCAGCCAACAACAUGUAAGUCCGGGGAGACCUGCAGCCUUUCUCGUCCCACCCCUCCUCCUCGGACUGCUUCAGUUUGGUGGGUGGAAAAGGGUCCUGGAAACAUCAGGAGGUGUCCAGUCCAGGGACAUGCCAUGCUCACUCCAGCCCCUGUGCAGUCCCUGCCUUUUACCUAAUCUCCAGCCCAUGCCAAAGAAUGAGUCAGUUGUGAAACACAGGGCCAGGGUAGGAGUCAUGAGCCUCUCAUGUCUCACCCCCCAUGUGACGGGGCCUCUGGACAGUGGCUGCCAGCAGACACCCCCUGCUAUAUCCUUGGGUUUUCCCAGGAGCCCCAUUACACAUGGGAAAUUAAAAUUGGAACGUGUGAAAUGGUUCUUGGACCACUUGGUUCCGUGCCCCUUUCACAUGUGGAGGCUCACUUACCUGGCUGUUCUUUGUCUCAGUGUGUUCAGGAAUGGGGACCUACUAAGUCCCCCCUUUAGUCUGAAGCUGUCCCAGACUACCAUCCAGGACUGGGAAACGGUACUGAAGCUGCUGACGGAGAAGGCCAGGUUACCAAGUGGAGCUGUGCACCAACUCUGCACCCUCAGGGGGCUCCCACUGUCAGCAGGCACAGCUCUGGUGAGUGGCUGUCACUAUGUGGCUGUCGGAGAAGAAGAGUUCAAAGCCCUCCCCUACAUGGAGCUGUUGGUGCCCAGCCCUUCUCUGUCCAAGGGCUGCUGGUAUCCUCCAGGCCGGAAGCAGAAGUCCCACAGGCAGGGGGCCCAGGGCCACCAGGCUCAGGCAGCUCGGCCUUCUCCAGAGGAACCAAGACAAACUGAACCAUCUGUUUUCUACGCCAGAUCCCAGCAGUCCACUCGGCCAGGAAGCAGGCUCUCUCCCCUCUUAUUUCCAUCAGGAGUUAAGGGAGUUUAUGGGGUUUCCUACCCAAGGAAGGAGACAGCCGAGGCUCAGGAAGUGGAUGAAGACGAGAACACUUACAUAGAGGAGCCUGUGGGCCAGAGGGCAGCAGAGACAGGGGAAGAGGCCUUGUCCCCCAACAUCUGCCUGGCCCGGGAGAGGCAGCCUCAUGUUCAGCCAACGUGUGCGCCACCAUCUUAAGUGCCAGGAACGCCAGUCAGAAGCUGAGGACAACCACUCCAAGCUAUCCCAGCAUUCAGUAGCCUGAUCCCGAGAAGCCAGGCCUCACUAGGCUUGCAGUAGAUAUAGCCUCCUCAGCCCCUCCCCAUUCAUAAGCCCAGCAAGUUCUGUGGAGGCCACUUCCUUGUGUGAUUCCCUGGCAGAGAAAGGCACUGCAGACUGGGUUUUGGAGCAGGCUUGUCACAAUAAAGUAAUGCUUGCUAAGCUUUGUUUGCUGCAGAUUUAUUGAAAGCUGCUGCUGGCCAGGUGUUUGCAGCGAGGAACUGGAAGUUGAGCAUUUUUGCCCAGGGCCAGCUCAUUUUUCUUCCAUCUGCCAUUCUAAUGUAACCACUCUC